GUAAUUGAAUAAAAUCAGUAUCUGUACUUUUCCCUUGUGUUCUACUCCUCUUCCUCGCAAAAUGUCGAAGAUACUAAGGGUAGGCCAAUUUGGCCGUACUUUCACACGGGGUAUGGCAGAAUAUAUAAAAACAGUGGAACAACGUGAACAUCCUGUUUCCAACGAUACUGUUAAAAUAUUUAAGCUUAUCACCUAUUUUGUGGGUGUUCCUUUAUUGGGAGUUGCUAUGGUUAAUUGUUAUAUCAAAAUUCUUGAAGAAAAUCAUGAACCAGCACCAGAGUUCAUUCACUAUCCAUAUAUGAAAAUAAUGAAUAAGGCUUUCCCAUGGAAGGAUGGAAAACAUUCACUCUUUCAUAAUGCGAAAAAAAAUUAUGUACCUGGUAUUGGUUACGAAGAGUAACUAUUUAAUAGAAUUAAUAUAUAGUUUGUAUGUGUUUAAUCUGUAUUGCUGAAAACAUAAGAAAAUAAAUUUGAAUUUAGUGAAGUGUA